ACAAUGUUUAGCAGCAUGAUGACAGAAAUAACUAAUCAGGUUGGCGGCCUCUCAAGUCAAAACACUGAGCUGUGUGCUUCGCUGAGGAACAUUCUGCAGGGAAUGAUGCAGUUAAUUGAUACGCUUUUUGCUUGUGUGCGUCAUGUUGGCUCGUUUGAAGAAGCCCCUGACUUGGAUGCUAUUCGCUCUUUACCAACUUGUAUCCUGAAAGUCCUUAGAGAUACAUUUCAGCACUGCAAGGAUAGUGAGGUGGUUUACUGUGGCCGCCUGUCGCUGGUCGCAGAUCUGCUGCAAGGGCUCUUCAAGGAGGCCUAUUCCCUACAGAAAGGUCUUUUAGAGCUCCUGGACAAGAUUUGUUUGGACAGUCGUGCCUCAGAGGAGGUCAUCUUCAAUGUUGUUACAGUAAUUCAUAGUCUUCUGGAUAUCUGCUCUGUCAUCUCCAGCCUGGACAUGGCACUGCAUGCAAACACCUGGAAGUUCCUCAUCAAACAGAGUCUGAAGUAUCAGUCCCUGGUGGAGGAGCAUCUGCAUCAUGGUGACAUCGUCAGCAGUCUGUGUGACAACUUGGUGGCGUCUUUCCACAACUGUGUGGAACUGGCUGGACAAAUUAAACAAGAUGAUUUACAGGAGUCGACACCAAUCCCAGAAUACAAGCUGUUCCAGAAAACUGCAAAGAUGUGCAGAUUUUUUGCCAACACUUUGGUUCAUUACAUAAAGGAAUUUAAAUAUUUUCUGACCAAGUACUGCAGCAACUUUCUCCAUCUUUACCUGCAGAUCAUCAGUGAGUUCCCUCCCAGUUUGAGUGCUCCAGUGUUGUCUGCUGCCCUUUCUGGGGAGCUGAAUGCAGCAGCUCUGGUUCCCAUGAAUGCCUUCCUGCUCCAGCUGCUGCCUCUCAGACCUUUUGCUGAAGCUGCGCUCCAGCCGGAUCUGCUGUUGAGUCCUGAACAGGAGCUUCCUCUGUGUUGCCUCCUGGUGAGCAUCUUAGAACAUCUAGCUGACCAACCAGAAGACGUCCAGCAGCUUUGGUACUCUGGCAGCCAGUUCUCAGAAGACUCACCCAGGCUUCCUCUCUACAAAGCUAUCUUUAUUAGUUUCCGACGAUGCUAUACUGAGCGUAAGGUACCAGUGCUGCUGCCAGGGGUGAUGUUGAAGGGUCAGCCCCAGGUCCAGGUCACACUGCACCACCACAUCUGUGUGCAGCUGUGUGCCAGCGUGGCUGUGCUCCCUCCUGCGUUCUUUCCCGUGCUUGAACGCUGUUUGGUUGAUGCAGUGUUGCAGGCUGAUACUCCAACAGCUUUACUGGCAACGGAUGUCUGGUGCUUUACGUCACGUUAUGGGACAGCAGAACUUUGCCUACAUCACGUCCACCUCAUUACUCAGAUGGUGAAAGCAUGCACCACUGAGAGUUACCAGCUGCUCCACCUGGGACUGCUGCUGAAACGCAUGGUGUUUCUCAUGACUCCGAACCACCAGAUGGAGCUGGUGGCUCGUUUCCCCCCGUCAAAGGUGGAGAACCUUCCAGUGUGGCGUCAUGUCCUCUUCAGAGCUCUUUCGCAGGACACUUACCUCCAUGUGCAGGCAGAAAUGAUUGGCCUCGCUCAAAAGGUGCUAACUGAUUGGCAAGAUGGAGGAUACAAGCUUGGACAGAUGGACAAAGUGAACGCUGCGCUGUUAUCCCUCCUGUCAGUGCUACGAGGGCAUCCAUCUCCUGGAGAACAGUGUGUGUUGUCUGCGGUGAAGGUGAUCACACAGCUGUGGUCACGAAUGAGUCCUGAUCAGGUGCAGACCCAACCUGUGCUUCAGCACACGCUGCAGCUCCUGCUGUCAACAACGGCCAUUUUAGUGAAAAACACUGAGCCUCGCGUCAUACGUCAGGCAGUGUUAUGUGUGGAUGCUGUGGUCUCUUACAAAUGUGCUGAUCAUCUGCUGCUGGCUGCUCUGGAGUUUCUCUCAUCCCUCGGAAAGAUCUUUAUCCCUCUAGACAAUCAGAGUCAGAUUGUUCCCAGGCUGAGCAGCCUUUUCAGAGUCCUUCUGGCUGAGAAGUCCUGGCUGAUUCAUCAGCACGCCCUGGAGGCCUUCUCAUACUUUGCAGAGAAUACGAACCACGAAGAGGUUAUUUCCCAGAGUUUGUGUGUGGAAGAAACAAAAACCAAAGUAGUCAAUUACCUCAGCAAGACUCUGAAUGUACAGGAAGAUGCAGAGUCCCGGCUCCUGAGACUCAAAGAGGAGGCCGCAGUAAUCAAAGAACACAACGAAAUGCAAGAAAGCAAAGAAACGGUUUCCAACAAACAGGCUGCUGACGCUGAAGGCCUCACAAACUCUGAGCCAUGUCCAAAGAAAGCUCGACAGGACACCAGCACAGAGGAGGAGUACAGCUGCUACAUCCAGACAGCUCACAGUGCUUUGAAAGGCCUUCAAGCUCUAAAAGAAGGAAACACCAGCACGACAGAAACGCCUCCACCGUGGCUGCAAGACAAACUGCAGGAGCUGCUAGUCCUCAUAACCGACAUCAGUUCAGUCAAACCCACCACCUAG